AUGACCACAAUCGUAGGCAAGAAAGUCGGACCCAUCGGCUACGGCCUCAUGGGCCUGACCAUCAACGAAGAUCUUUCCGACGAGGUUUGCUUCGCUGCCAUCAAGGCCGCCCUCGACGCUGGGUGCAAUUACUUGAACGGCGGAGAGUUCUACGGCACCCCUGAGCGCAACUCGCUCACCCUCCUGCGCAGUUACUUUGAAAAGUAUCCCGAGGACGCGGAUCGGGCCGUCGUCAACAUCAAGGGCGCACUGGGCCCCGGGCGUCGCCCCGCGGGCACAAGGGAGUCCGUCACAGCCAGCAUCGAAAACGUGAUGGGCACGCUGGGUCCGGUCAAGCGCAUCGACCAGUUUGAGGUGGCGCGGAAGGACGCCAAGUGCGACUACGAAAAGGAGACGCUGGCCACUGUGGACGGGUACGUAGCAUCGGGCAAGAUUGGGGGGCUGGCGUGCAGCGAGAUCGACGCGUACACGAUCCGCAGCGUGGCCAAGAGCUUCAAGCUCACGGCCGUGGAGCUGGAGCUGUCGCUAUUUACUACAGAGCCCCUAACCAACGGCAUCUUGGAAGCCUGCGGGGAACUGGAUAUUCCCGUCUUGGCAUACUCACCCCUGGGCAAAGGCCUUCUCAGCGGCCAACUCAAAUCCAUGGACGACAUCCCCGAGGGCGACUACAAGAGGAUGAUGCCGCGCUUCCAGGGGGAAAACUUUGCCAAGAACCUCGAGCUCGUGGCGCACGUCGAGGCACUGGCCAAGAGUAAGGGCUGCACGCCGGGCCAAGUGGCCAUCAACUGGUUGCUGUCGCUGUCCAAGCGGCCCGGCAUGCCGGUCAUUAUCCCGAUCCCGGGGUCGACCAAGCCGGAGCGGAUCCGCGAGAACGCCACCGUUGUGGACCUGACGGCGCAGGACCUUGCCGAGAUUGACAAGAUUUUGGCGUCGUUUGUCACGGCUGGCCAAAGGUACCCUGCCGCCCUGAUGGGUGAUGUUGUGUCGUGA